AUGCCACAACUAGAUACAUCCACAUGAUCUCUUACUAUUUUAUUUAUACUUCUCACCCUCUUCACACUACUACAACCAAAAAUCUCAAAGCACUCAUACUUUCCCUCUCCCAAGUCAACAUACAAAAAAAUAAAUAAACAACAAAACCCUUGAAACAAAGUAUGAACCAAAAUCUAUUUACCCCUUUCAUAA